UGCUGAAAGCGGAAGCGUAGAGAGAAGUAACGCGGAAGUCAUGAGACGCCACACUGCGAACUGGAGCUGAAUAAAGUCUUCCGGCUCGGAGUUUGGAGCAGAUUUUCAGCCAUGGUUUUGACACCGAGGGUCUCUGCGAGGCGCGGGAUCCUGUGGACGGUAUUACUGCUGCUGUGGUCCUCUUUAACGUCCGCUUUUAACCCGAAUCAGGACAGUGAGCUGACUUUCCUCCUGCCUGCUGGAGCCUCUGAGUGUUUCUUUCAGACUGCACAGAAGAACGGAACGCUGGAGGUCGAGUACCAGGUGAUCGCAGGAGCAGGGAUGGACGUGGACUUCUCCAUUAUCUCUCCUCUUGGACACCACCUGGCCUCUGAGUUUCGCCGCUCGGAUGGCGUUCACAUGGUGGAUUCCACCGAAGAAGGAGACUACCAGAUCUGCUUCGACAACAGUUUCAGCCGCUUUUCUGAAAAGAUGGUGUUCUUUGAGGUCAUUCUGGAGAAUGCAGCUGGUGAUACAAAGGUUGAGGACGAGUGGGCGAGGCUCGGUGAUCCUGAGAACCUGCUGGAGUAUAAGCUGGAGGACAUCCGGGAGUCGAUCGAGUCGGUGCACCGUCACCUGGAGCGAAGUCGGCAGAUGCAGACCGUCCUGAGAGCUUUCGAGGCUCGAGAUCGUAACCUGCUGGAAAACAACCUAUGGCGGGUCUCUUUCUGGUCCUGUACCUCCUUGGUGGUUAUGCUCGCCGUGGCCUUGGUUCAGAUUUACACCGUACGCCGCCUCUUUGAUGACAAGAGGAUGGUCAGGUCCUGAGGACAUGCUAGCUUAAGCAAUCAGUAUGCUGUGUGUGGAACUGUGUGUCAUGUGGUUUGGCACCCGAAAUGACUCCGAGCUCAUAAUCUUUAGGAUAAAGUGCCUUACUCAAGGAUGUGGUCGCAGCUGCAGAGGUUUUCAUCCUCGUCUGGGAUUUCUGUACGUCUGUACGUCCUGCUGUACGUCCUGCUGUACGUCCUGAGCAUCACCACAUUUCCUUCAUUGUGAAUAACAUGAUUUCUGUGAUCGGGUCCCAGCAGAUAAUCACAGCUGUGAUGUUCUGCAUGAUACGACACCACCACAAAUGUGCAGUAACCUUUUAUACAACAGUUUUUCAAAGUAAACAAAAGCUUUUAUUACAUUUUUUUGUGCUGAUGAAAAUAAUAAAUUGUAACAAUAAUAAAAUGGAGACAAAUGUGA